AUGAGGUCAGACAAGCUGGCAGCUCCAACUCACUUUUCUUGCCUGAUGAUAGAGGCGACAGUACAACAGACAAGAGAGGCGACAGUACAACAGACAAGAGAGGCGACAGUACAACAGACAAGAGAGGCGACAGUACAACAGACAAGAGAGGCGACAGUACAACAGACAAGAGAGGCGACAGUACAACAGACAAGAGAGGCGACAGUGCAACAGACAAGAGAGGCGACAGUACAACAGACAAGAGAGGUGACAGUACAACAGACAAGAGAGGCGACAGUACAACAGACAAGAGAGGCGACAGUACAACAGACAAGAGAGGCGACAGUACAACAUACAAAAGAGGCGACAGUACAACAGACAGAAGAGGCAACAGUACAACAGACAGGAGAGGCGACACUGUCUUUCAGUCCGUCAUUCUGCCCGUCUUGGAAUUCAUACGUACCUGUCUGUUUUUCUUAG